AUGGCCAGGGGUGGGCACCACACUCCUGAAAAUGAUAAACUGCUUGAGGCUGCCAAGAGGAAUGACGUCUGUAAGACCCAGACGCUGCAUGGAACUGUAGGAGCCACCGGUUCUUGCUCCCCGUGGUCAGUACCAGCAGCAAGGAAGGGAUCUGCUAUGUGCUGGACCACCCCCAACUCCCCCACACUGGUCCCCCAAGCCUUGAACCUGGGGAGGAAGGAGACCAGUCUGCACCAGGUGGCAGCCCUGGACCAGUGCACCAGCUGCCUCUACAUCGUGGAGAGCGGGGGAGCAUCCGUCAUGAAGACAGAGCAGCUGGGGGACCCGAGGAGGCUGAGAAGGCUCAGGACACCAAGCUGCCACCUCCCUAGGGGUCAGCAGCCUGACCCUCUGAAGCACCCAGAGGACUGGGAGGUGGCUGUGGGGCUGUGA